GUCACAUUUAGUGGUAUCAGAGCAGGUCGAUCUAAUCGACCGUGAGUUAUGAGUUUACUAUGCUUAUUUGGUUUACUAUGUUUAUUUGGUACAUGAAUGAUGGACUGAAUUGAUUGUAAAACUUGUUGGUAUGAUAGUAUGAUGAUUGAUUAUGUUUAUUGAUUGUAUUAUUUUCUUAGACUAUGGCUGGUAGAAAUGAUCGUGCGAUUGCCGAUGCUCUUCAAGCAUUAGCACAAGCUAUGAAUAAUAACAAUAGGACUGAGGUCGCUCCUAACUGGUUGGAGCAAUUUCAACGAAAUCACCCACCUACCUUUAAAGGAGGAUAUGACCCAGAUGCUGCUAUGAAUUGGCUAACAGAAAUAGAAAAAAUUUUCAAUGUUAUGGAUUGUCCCAUCGCUCAGAAGGUGAAGUUGGCCACAUUCAUGUUGACUGCUGAUGCUCACUUUUGGUGGGAAGGAGCACUUCGGAGGAUGAUUGAUGGAGGGGUGCACUUGAAUUGGGACAACUUCAAGAAGGUCUUUCUUGAGAAGUAUUUCCCGGAUGAUGUGAGAAGUCGGAAAGAAAUGGAAUUCCUUGAGCUGAAUCAAGGGAACGACACAGUGGCUGUGUAUGCUGCCAAAUUUGAUGCUUUGGUUCGUUAUUGCACACACUACCAUGGUGAGGGUGGUGAAAGAGCUAAAUGCAUAAAAUUUGUAAAUGGUCUGCGUCCUGAAGUGAAAACUGCAAUUAACUAUCAGGAGAUAUAUCACUUUCCCACUCUGGUCAAUAAGUGCAGCAUUUAUGAUCAUGACAACCGUGCUCGUGCUGCUUUUUAUAAAGGAGUUGGAGGUCCUAUCCGUGCUGUGAGUUCUAGUACUUCGGGAAGGAGUAAGCCUUACUUCGCUUCUAAUAGAUUUCAAGGGAGUAAAGCUGCUGCUAAUAAAAGUGAUCAGCAUCAUGAGGAUGUUGGUGAUGAGGCGUUUGGUGUGAACAAUGGGAAAAAAUAUACAUGGCAUUAA